AUGCCUACCGAAUUGGAGGAGUUGGUGGACUUUCUCGGCCAUGAAAAUAUCCAAAUAAGACAGAUCGCUGCUGCGAAUCUCACUGUCUUCUCCUCCAGCCAGCCAUCGCUCUUCAAAAGGCAGGAACUGCAGCCAAUACGAGUUUUGAAAGUGCUUGUUCGAGACCAUCCAGCCAUUGCCAAAGAUGCACUUACCAUGCUGAUAAACUUGUCAGCGGAUGGCCAGAUUUUGAGAUGUCUUGCAGAUGAUGAUGCUUUCUUGGAGGUCUUAAUGGCCAAAAUCACUAACCCAGAGGAGCCAAAUGCAGAUGACAUUGCAAUGCUACUGGCAAAUCUUGCCAAAGCAGAGAGUUUUGGCCGAGUCGUCUCUCUUUCCAGAAAGAAUGUAGACAAUGUUUCUACCUCGACAAACGCGCUGAACCAGUUGAUGGACUGCUUCGUCAAGGGCGCCGAGGGUGCAUUGAACAAGAAAGCAGACUACGACUAUCUGGCAUAUCUAUUUGCCGAUAUUUCCAACACAGAAGAAGGUCGAAAAUUCUUCACGACAAAACAGGAUUAUGAUUCCGUGAUCCCCGUCACCAAACUUCUCGUCUUCACCGAGCACUCGAGUGAUAUUCGGCGACGCGGAGUAGCUUGGACUAUGAAGAACGUCUGCUUUGACGUGCCAUCGCACCCUACGCUUCUUUCUGAAGACGAUGAUACCGGUGCAAGCUUGCUGCCUUAUAUCUUGCUCCCAAUCAUGGGAUCGGAAGAAUACCCGGAUGACGAAACAUCGGAAAUGCUACCAGAUUUGCAACUGCUUCCCCCAGACAAGAAGCGAGAGCCGGAUAAUCAGAUCAUUCUUGCCCAUCUAGAGACUCUCUUAUUAUUGACUACAACCCGGGAAGGCCGCGACAGGAUGAGGCAGGUACAGGUUUAUCCGAUUAUUCGUGAAUGCCAUCUGCACGUUGAGAAUGAAGAAGUCCGAGAAGGAUGUGAUCGAUUGGUUCAGGUGUUGAUGCGCGGGGAGGAAGGAGAAGAGAAUGAGACUGAAAAGGAGGCCAUGGCUCGCGCUCUGGCUCUUAGUGGUCAACAGCCGGGGGCGAUUCUGGGGACUGAGGAAAAUAAGGAGGGGGAUGAUGACGAUGAUGACAAGAUAGUGGAUAUUUUAGCAUGA